CUCUGAAGCCUCAAGUCUGCCUCAGCAAGAGUUUGCUGGCAAGUCAUGUUGAACUUUAGCAAAUGGCCUCUGCUCCUGUUGUUGAGCACAGAGGAACUUGCCACCAUCCAACAGGUCUGUGUCUUUGGAGCAUCUGCUAAUGAAGCGAUCUACAUCACAAACGACAACAAGGUAUUUGUGUUGGGCGAGAACUGCAGUGGCUGCCUUGGAACAGGAGACGGUUUACGCACCAUUGUGCCGAAGCAACUCAGCUGCCUGGAGGGGAAAAAGGUGGUUAGCUUGAGUUAUGGCAGUGGCCCGCACAUCCUACUGGCAACAGCGGAUGGGAAGCUAUUUGCUUGUGGGGACAAUAUUUACGCCCAACUGGGGGUCGGCGGGGUGAGCAUCUGUGAGCUGUCCCAGUCGCUGGUCACUGUCAACAUUCCGAACAUGAAAGUCAAAGAAGUGGCAUGUGGCGCUCAUCACUCCAUGGUCCUCACGGAGGAUGGAGAGGUCUUUGCAUGGGGUUAUAAUAACCACGGCCAGGCGGGUUCACAUUUCCCGGUUGUCCAGCCAUUCCCCGACAAGGUGGGCGGUUCGUUGCAGGGUAAAACGGUGAUCGGCAUCACGUGCGGACACUCCUUUUCCAUGGCUCUGCUGGAUAACGGAGAGAUUCACGGAUGGGGCGACAAUCACAACGGGCAGCUGGGUGUUGGUCACGACAACUAUGUGUCGAUGAUGCCUUGCCGCCUGUCUGCUCUGCAGGAGUCUUGUAUAAAGCAGGUCGUGUCAGGCUAUGGCCACUCCCUUGCUGUAACAGAUAAAGGGCUGCUUUAUUCAUGGGGCGCAAACACUUUUGGACAGCUGGGAAUUGGUGACAAGAACAAAUGUUGUAGCCCAGUCCAAGUUAUGGCUGAUGAAGAGAGGUUUGUCGAGGUGGCCGCGUGCCAUUCGACCAACACGUCGGCGGCCAAGACGCAGAGCGGCCAGGUGUAUAUGUGGGGUCAGUGUCGGGGUCAAGCCGUCGUCAUGCCGCGCCUCACCCACUUCACCAACACGGAUGACGUGUUUGCCUGUGACGACGACCUCCCCCUGACAGUCACAGAGGCUCUGAAGAACGAAUUUGACAGUCCAGAAACGGCAGACCUCAAGUUUAUCGUCGAAGGCAAAUGCAUCCACGUUCACAAAGCUGUGCUUAAGAUCAGGUGUGAGCAUUUCCGCUCAAUGUUCCGGUCCCCGUGGGUGGAAAGUCAUCAGGAAGUGAUUGAGAUCAGCCAAUUCUCGUAUACCAUCUACCGCUCCUUCCUGCAGUUCCUCUACACAGACACUGUUGACCUUCCACCUGAGGACGCUAUCGGCCUGCUGGACCUGGCCACCUCCUACUGUGAGAGUCGCCUGAAGCAUCUGAGUCAGCAGAUCGUCAAGGCAGGAAUCACCAUCCAAAACGCCUUUGCCCUCUUUUCAUCUGCCAAACAAUUUGAUGCCGAGGACCUGGAGGAAUUUUGCUUCCGAUUUUGUAUCAGCCAUCUCACUCAGGUGACUCAGACGCCAACCUUCAGUCAAGUUGACGGAAACGUGCUCAAAGGGUUCAUCAUCAGAGCAAGCUAUGCUGGUGCCUUCAGGUACUAGUUCUCUCCGUUUAGUAUGCUUUAGAGAAACGACUUCCUUCACUAUUUCAAUCCUCGUGGACACACAUAAAAAGAAAAAGACACGUAACCACUCACGCGUGGCCACAUUUACAAAUACUGGCAUACACACAUUAAACUCACCACCACACGUACUAACACACGCCAGGUAAGAAUAGUGCAUUGUGGGUAUUUGAACACUGGGGUAGUUGUGAUUGUUGCAACAUAACCGCAACAUCCCACACGCAUACACACAAACCACACAGAAAAAAAAAAAACACCGCAAGUGUGGGUGUGGUGGGUUUCCUAAAAUGACUGAAGCAGGUUUGCGCACAUACAGCGUCGCCACGACAAUGGCACACCUUGAUCAUCGCACAUUUCUCAAAACAAGUUUGAACUUGACUCGGGCGAGUGAAGGGAAGGGGGGUCACCUUGGGCGGAUCACCUGUCAAUCACACGACUAACAUGUCUUUCACACACUUGAGCAAUAAAAUAUUGAUGACUUUUUUUAUGAUAUAUUGUGUUGGAGCUAUGGGAGGAAAAACAAAGAUUCAAACGAGUAAUCAUUUUUCUGUAAGGCACUCCGGCUCAGUGUGCCUCGUGGUAGAGUGUCCGCCCUGAGACUGGAAGGUUGUGGGUUCAAACCCUGGCCGGGUCAUACCAAAGACUAUAAAAAUGGGACCCAUUGCCUCCCUGCUUGGCACUCAGCAUUAAGGGUUGGAAUUGGGGGGUUAGAUCACCAAAUGAUUCCCGAGCGCUGCACCGCUGCUGCUCACUGCUCCCCUCUCCCCCAGGGGACGGAUUAAAAUCACACGGGGAAGGGUUAAAUGCAGAGGACAAAUUUCACCACACCCAGAUGUGUGUGUGACAAUCAUUGGGACUUUAAUCUUUAAUCUAUAACUUGCACAAGUGCAUAAUCUACAGUGCCAAAAGGCCAGUUAUGUCCACAAUAAAAAAUAUGUCAAGUGUACGAAAGAGGAUUAGGGCCAGUGAAGAAGAAAAAAAAAAAAGGGUGGU